AGAAAGCAAGUUACCCUCCCACCCCAGGCCGGUGUUCCUCUGCACUCGGAGUCCUGGCCACGAGUCCCUCUCCGGGCUCCCCCACCCGGCCCCUGCCCCGCCUCGGCCCGGCCCGACCCCGCAGUCAUGGAGCGCUGGCCUUGGCUGUCCGGCGGCGCCUGGCUGCUGGUGGCGGCCCGCGCGCUGCUGCAGCUGCUGCGCUCAGACCUGCGUCUGGGCCGCCCGUUGUUGGCGGCACUGGCGCUGCUGGCCGCGCUGGACUGGCUGUGCCAGCACUUGCUGCCCCCGCCGGCGGCGCUCGUGGUGCUAGCUGCUGCUGGCUGGAUCGCGUUGUCCCGCCUGGCGCGCCCUCCUCGCCUGCCCGUGGCCACUCGCGCGGUGCUCAUCACCGGUUGUGACACUGGCUUUGGCAAGGAGACAGCUAAAAAACUGGAUGCCAUGGGCUUUAUGGUGCUGGCCACUGUGUUGGAUUUGAAUAGCCCUGGUGCCCUAGAACUGCACAGCUGCUGUUCCCCUCGCCUAAAGCUGCUGCAGAUGGACCUGACCAAGCCAGAGGACAUCAGUCGCGUGCUAGAAUUCACGAAGGCUCACACCACCAGCACUGGCCUGUGGGGUCUUGUUAACAACGCGGGCUUCAACAGUGUUGUGGCCGAUGCGGAGCUGUCUCCAGUAGCAAGUUUCCGCAACUGCAUGGAGGUGAACUUCUUUGGUGCACUUGAACUGACCAAGGGUCUCCUGCCACUGCUGCGUCACUCAAGGGGACGUAUUGUGACCGUUGGCAGCCCAGCAGGAGACAUGCCAUAUCCCUGCCUGGGAGCCUAUGGAAGCUCCAAGGCAGCUGUAGCACUGCUUAUGGACACAUUCGGCUGUGAACUGCUUCCCUGGGGGAUCAAGGUCAGCAUCAUCCAGCCUGGCUGCUUCAAGACAGAGUCAGUGACCAACGUGAACCUCUGGGAGAAGCGCAAGCAACUGCUGCUGGCCAACCUGCCUGGGGAGCUGCUGCAGGCCUAUGGUGAAGACUACAUUGAGCACUUGCACGGGCAGUUCCUGCAUUCGCUCAGAAUGGCACUGCCUGAUCUCAGUCCGGUUACAGAUGCCAUCAUUGAUGCACUGUUGGCAGCUAGGCCACGCAGCCGCUACUACCCAGGCCGUGGCCUGGGGAUCGCGUAUUUCAUCCAUCACUACCUGCCAGAGGGCCUGAGGCGCCGCUUCCUGCAGAACUUCUUCAUAAGUCACUGUCUGCCCCGAGCACUGAGGCCUGGCCAAGCUGGCCCUGCUCAUGAUCAGGACACACCCCACGGCCCAAACCCUUCCCCAGUUGCAGCUCGGUGAGCCACAAGCCUAAGUGUUCCAGCAGGAGAGGCUUCAUAAGCCCUCGGCCCUUGACCCUGGCCAUUACAGAGCCUGGGAGUCUGUUAAGAGAAGCCCAGCCUCUACUGUGGACCGGUAGUCCAGGCCUGGGAAGCUGAAGUUCGUUAGUGACCCUCUGGACUUCUCUGCUUUAUGAGCCCACACAUCCCCUACCAGGCACAAUGCUCCACACUGCAGAUUGGGAAACCCAGAUGGAUAGAUGGAGAGUUUAGUGUAAGAUUUGGCUGUAGCCUUUGAUAAGGCUCUACAGACCAUCUCUGUGCAAACUAAGAGUGGUUGGCAGGUAGGGACCGCCUCAGGAUUCUUUUGGCACCAGUGCCUCAGUGCUGCAGUCCAGGGUAAAUCCCAACUGUCUCUUGACUUAGGUCCCCGACUACCUGCUCCCAGCCCUAGGGAAGCUACAUAUUGUACGUGCCUGGUUGUUGACAUUUUAAAAUAAAGAUACAUUUUUAUGUCUCCU